AUGAAGGGUGUGCGGCUUUGCGGAAGCAAGUUACGCGCCAUGGGACGCAGCGCAAUCAUUCCUCUCCUUGUAUCUGUUCUGUGGUGGCUCUGCUUGUGUGACUGUCGAGCCUUCACUGGGCCGGCCGCUCCUGCCAAAGUAGCGGGACUUCCACGCUCUGCGAGCAAGAAUCCGCUCAGAUUGCCCAAUGAGCCGAACCCUUUCGACUUGUUCGGCGUAAAACGCGGCACCGAGAAGGCGGAGAUCCGGAAACUCUUUCGCAAGCGGGUGCAGACUGAGCAUCCUGACGUGAAUCCUAAUGACCCCGAAGCGGCGGAGAGAUUUCAAGAGCUGGUGGGCGCUUACAACUCGAUCAUGGGUGAUGAGCUUCUACCUGACGAGCUGAAUUUCGUGCGAGUGCAAAUGACCAAGCGAUACAAGAAAGAGCUAGAGGCCGAUCAGUCUGUCAACAACGGAAUCUUCUAUGCACUGCUUCCUGGGAUGGCAGUAACAGUCAUCGGCAUAUGGUUUUUUGCGAUGGAUGCACUGGGGAUGCUUGACCCUCAGACAAAGCAGCUGCUGGACGCAGUGAAGGGCAAAGGCAUUUAG